AUGUCUCUCAAUCCAUUCAAUUCUACCAUCCCACCAUGGAUGUGUGGUUUUAAACGUCUUGAGUACCUUGAUCUUUUUUUCACACAUUUGAAGGGUAGUAUUCCAAGUGCCAUUGGAAACUUGUCAUCCAUUAACACUCUUCGAUUGUCACGUAAUCAACUUGAAGGGAAAUUACCAAACUCAUUGGGAAGCCUUUGCAAGUUAAGGGAACUUACACUUGCCGGUAACAAUUUCAGAGGAGCAGUAUCGGAAAUUUUUAGAAUAUUUUCCAGGUGCACCAUUGAUGCUUUGGAGAUGUUAGAUUUGAGCAUGAACCAACUCUCAGGUCAACUCACAGAGUCUCUAGGAAAACUGUCGAGCCUACAACAUUUUGAUAUUUCUUAUAACCAGUUAAAUGGAAGCCUUCCUGAAAAUGUUGGUCAACUUGUAAAUCUAAAAUCGCUGGAUAUAUCUCAUAAUUCGUUAGAUUGUGUGGUUUCUGAAGUUCACUUUAUUAAUCUUACAAGACUGAAGGAGUUCUAUGCACAUAAAAACUCGCUGACAAUGAAGACAAGUCCACACUGGCUCCCUCCUUUUCAACUUGAAAUGUUGAAUCUGAAUGAUUGGCAUUUGGGGCAACAACUACCCCUCUGGAUUCGGUGGCAAGAAAAUUUGUUGGAGUUACAAAUAUCCAAUACUGGAAUUGCAGGUACCAUUCCCUCUUGGUUUUGUAACUUUUCUCUUCAACUAGAUUAUCUAAAUCUUUCUCACAAUAAGUUUCACGGGGAGUUUCCGUGCACAAAUCAGUCUUGGUCAACAAUUGAUCUCAGUUUUAACCAAUUCAAUGGUUUGCUGCCACUUGUCUCUUCGAAAACAAAAAUAGUAGAUUUUUCCAAUAACUCAUUUUCUGGAUCAGUCUCUCACUUUUUCUGCGAUAAGAAGAACUUUUUGAAUUCGAGAUAUGUUAACCUGGGGAACAAUUUGCUCUCUGGAAAAAUUCCUAAGUGUUGGAUGAAUUGGAAAAACUUGUGGAUUUUAAAUCUUCAAAACAACAAUUUGUCUGGGGUUAUUCCUAGCUCUAUUGGAUAUUUAACUAGCCUUCGCUGGCUGCAAUUGCACGAUAAUAAUCUGCAUGGUGAAUUUCCUUUGUCCCUGCGAAAGUGUAUAUACUUGGAGGCUCUCGACCUAAGUGAAAAUAAAUUUAUUGGAAAGAUACCUAAGUUGAUGUGGAUAAGUUUAGGAGGGUUGGUGGUUAUUAAUCUUCGUUCAAAUAAAUUUCAUGGUGAAAUUCCUUUGGAACUCUGCUCUCUUGUAGAUCUUCAAAUACUGGAUCUUUCACAUAAUAAUUUCUCCGGAACAGUACCAAGAUGUUUCUAUAAUUUGAGUGCUAUGACCAGCUUGGAGAGUUUAGAUUACCUCUCUUUGAGUUUCGAUUCUUGGAGUGAUAAAUAUGACUUAAUGGCGGAAGUCACGGUGGUGACAAAAGGGAGGGAAUUUGAAUACGGAAGUAUGCUUAAGUUAGUAAAAAGCAUGGAUCUUUCAAGCAACAAUCUUUAUGGGGAGAUCCCCGUGGAGCUAACUAGCCUUAAAUUGCAAACACUGAAUUUGUCAAACAAUCAUUUGGUUGGGAAAAUUCCAUCAAAGAUUGGUGACAUGAGAUGGCUAGAAUCUUUGGAUCUGUCGAAAAACCAACUAUCUGGGACAAUACCUCCAAGCAUCUCGAGUUUAACUUUCCUAAGUUACUUGAAUCUGUCUUACAACAAUUUAAUGGGGCCAAUUCCAACAAGUACUCAGCUUCAAAGCUUCAGUGAGUCCAGCUUUAUUGGUAAUCAACUUUGCGGACCUCCACUUCAACAAAAUUGCUCGGUAAGUGAUCCGGCAAUUCCACCUGGAGAUAAACAAGGUGAUGAUGAAGAUAGUUUACAAGAAGAAAAUUACUUGUAUUUGAGCUUGGGACUUGGAUUUGCUUUCGGCUUUUGGGGUGUACUGGCUUCUUUGCUCUUUAACGUGCCUUGGAAUAUGGCCUUAUGUGAGUUCCUAAAUAGGAUUGUAGCAAGACUAUAUGGUGCUCUGCUUUAG